ACGCAGAACUGUAAUCUCAGCUCUUGAGAGGUGGGAGGCAGAAAGAUGCAGAAUUCAAGGCCAGCUCUGGCUACAGGAAACAACAAACCACUAAAUCUUUUUCAGAAUUUCAGGUUCUUUUAAAAAUGUACCUAUCUCUACAUUAACAAAAAAAAAAAAAAGCUGACAGCCAGCAGGUAUAUUUUAUUUUUUUAAAUAUGACUUCUUUACAAGAAAGAUAAGUUUUGUAUUUAAAAACACAAUAAGCUUUAAAAGCAGUCUAUUACAGUUAAGUUUUGUCUGGACUCCGGGAACAGAGUAAUUCCCCUACUCUGUGUUGUUAAAAUAACCAGGAGUGAUUUGCAGCGCUUUGCAUAUAAAAAUUUAUUGAGCCUUCCUUCCCAUGCCCUUAGGUUCUUAGACAGGAAAAGAUUAGUGAAAGGAGACAAGGACGUCUCAGUCCUUUCUUUGGUGAGCUGCUGAGCCUAUGUUUAAUAACAGAAUUUUAAUUUAGGCAAACUAAUCAACUCCAUACUAUCCGGACCAGAAUCUUGUCUUAGUCACUCGGCACCUUCCUGUGAAUGCCACUCUCUGUGUUCCUCCUUUCGAGGACUCGGUGCCACAGUCAUGCUUACCCGACAAAUGACAGUUACACGGUACUGGUGACCAAGAUCUCUUAGAACUCCGUGGAAGAGAAGGGUCGUGUGACGCAGAGGUCAUCGCUAAGGCUGCAUUCUUAUUGAGACCUGACACGCAGCAGCAGACGACCCUGGGCUGAAUUUUCCUGGCCUCGGUUUUCUCGCCUCGGAUUCCGCUUCUUUCAACAAGAGGAGUCAUGCUGUCCUGUUUCUGGUUUUUCUCCAAGCACAUCGGCCCUGCACUGAGGUCCCUGCCCCGUGUGCUACACAGAUGUACUGUCCCACAGUGUUUGGCCUACAGGUAUCCUUCAAGUCCCCUACCAAUCGCCUCCCCUCGACGACUGCUGGCCUCCUCCAAGAACUCCACUGGACCUGCCAGGGUGCGCCAAAACUUUCACCCAGACUGCGAGACCGCCAUCAACCGCCAAAUCAACAUGGAGCUCUAUGCAUCCUACGUGUACCUGUCCAUGGCCUACUAUUUCUCCAGAGAUGAUGUGGCCUUGUACAACUUCUCCAAGUAUUUCCUUCACCAGUCCUUGGAGGAGAGGGAACACGCGGAGAAGCUAAUGAGGCUUCAGAACCAGCGUGGAGGCCGAAUCUCCCUCCAGGAUAUCAAGAAGCCAGACCGAGAUGACUGGGAGAGUGGACUGCGGGCCAUGGAAUGUGCUCUGCUCCUGGAGAAGAGUGUGAACCAGUCACUGCUGGACUUGCAUACCCUUGCAUCCGAAAAAGGAGAUCCUCAUUUGUGCGACUUUCUGGAAACGCACUACCUGAAUGAGCAGGUGAAGUCUAUUAAAGAAUUAGGUGACCAUGUGCACAACUUAAUCACCAUGGGGGCUCCAGCUGCUGGCCUAGCGGAGUAUCUUUUUGACAAGCACACCCUUGGAAGUGAGAGGAAGCACUAAGGCAGACUGCCUUUCCAGUACCCUAGUGGCUCCCAAAACCUGGAGUGAGCAGAUGCCGGUUUUCUUGCCCUUAAAAUUCAACUCCGUCUUUACAUUCUCCUUUUUGGACUGUUCUGCCAGUGUUUUGUAGAGAUAAUAUGUUAGUCCGGUGUUAACUCAGCUUUCUGCCAACACCAAAAUACUAAUAUUUUCCCAGCCUAAAAGAUAGCACACAGAAUACUAUGGAAUGAAAAGAAUGGAAAACAAAACCCUGAAAUUAGAAACAAGAUCAUGCUUUUAAAAUAUUAUCAAAUGUUGUUCCUAACCAUGAACUUCAACUGAAAUUCUAUAAUUUUCAACAAUCUGUACUGUCUUCAAGAUCUUACAUGUAAUGUUCAGUCAAAAAAUAUAUAAAUAAUCGCAAGACAGAGAAGAUGUAGAAUACUAUGCAAAUCACACAUGCAAACUUUUUGGCUAUUCUAUUUUCCCAGUGUGCUCCAAAAAUGACAUUGUAUGACCAUGACCUAGUUUUUUUAAAAAAAGCUUUCUUGUCAAAUUCAGUAUUAGCUACAUCAAGUAUCAAUGGUGGUGUUGGGCAGCUCAGUGGAUUCACAUUUUAAGGGUUCUGAGAAGUCUUUUAAUUAAACACACAAAAAAUUUUAA